GACUCAUACCUUCAUACACAUGUUGUAAAAGAUGACUAUAAUUUGCUACACUAACAAAAACAGUGAUAAGACCAUACAUUGUGAAUUCGUAGUGAGAGUGUUGUGCUGUGUUAACAGUGGUGAGAAGUGAUAAUUUGGAAUUCUGACAGCUAGCUGACGGAGUCUGUCACGAAAGGUGUGAGUUGGGAAUCAGCUGUUGACAAUCAGCACCAGGAGGCUGGUACUUUGGGAGCCAAACACUGGACUUCAGGAAGUGUGUCUGUGAAAGCGCUGAAUUGGUGUCACGUUUGAAAGUUUUACCAGGAGCAAUACUGUCAACAGGGCUGUAGGGCUGUAAGGUAGGGCUGCAGGGCUGUAAGGUAGGGCUGCAGGGCUGUAAGGUAGGCCUGUUUCCUCAUUACCCUCAUGUCUAUCAUAUAGCUGGCAAAUGUGUAAAAAACUCUUUUUUGAACUGGAACAGGCAGCAUAACAGGACCUUGAAGCAUUCAUCGCACAUACAAAAAAUUCCAGCCAAUUAAACACAUGUCCUCCAACGCAUCAGCGUCCGGCUGUGCGAAGAACGGCACGACCCCCGGGAGCCCUGACAUCCUCUUCCCUGUCCUCUAUCUGCUGAUAUUCAUGGGGGGUCUACUGCUGAACUGCCUGGCUCUCUGGAUCUUCUGCCAGAUGGCUAACCGCAGCAGCUUCACGCUGUACCUGAAGAACAUCGUGGUGGCCGACCUGCUGAUGACGUUCACCUUCCCGCUGCACAUCCUCAGCGAGGCGCAUAUCGGCCCCUGGUGGUUUCCAGCGCUGAAUUGCCGCUACUCGGCCGUGCUGUUCUACACAUGCAUGUAUGCCAGCAUCCUCUUCCUGGGCCUGGUCAGCCUGGACCGCUACCUGAAGAUCGUGCUGCCGUUCGGCAGCUCCUGUCUCUACAGCUACGGCUUCACACAGCUGCUGACGGCGGGCGUGUGGCUCUUUUUGACUGCCGUGUCGCUGCCCAACUCCAUCCUCACCAACGUGCCACCCAGCCCAAGUACUGCCCUCUGCUGCAUGGAACUGAAGAGCGAGCUGGGCCUGCACUGGCACGCCGCCGUGUCCUACAUCAACAUCGCCAUCUUCACUGCCGUGCUGGUCAUGCUGAUGACCAGCUACUUGUCCAUCUACAGGCACAUCCACCGCUCCAACGCUCAGUUCGACAGCUCGGUCAGCAGCCGAGACUUCCGGCCCGGCCAAAACAUCACCAUGGUCCUGGUGGUGUUCUUUGUGUGCUUUGUGCCCUAUCAUCUGUGGCGGAUCCCCUUCACGCUGAGCCAGGUGAAGCCGGCCUUCAGCCAAGAGGUGGAGCUGGUGCUGAAAUAUGGGAAGAAGACCACACUCUUCCUGUCCGCAUGCAACGUCUGCCUGGACCCUAUCAUCUACUUCCUCAUGUGCAGGUCCUUUACGCGCAAGCUGCGCAGGAAGUUGCGUAUCGACCGCGAGGAUAAUUUCGACAGAUCCAGCUCCAUCAGCAGGACGCAGGUGCGGCGCUUCCGGGAGUACUCCCCAGCGGUCCAAUGAGCAGGGAGCAGGGAGGAUGAGAGGGGAGUGGCUCAGUGACUCAGAGACUCCUUGAUUUGUGAAAGGAGGCAAGAAGGGGUGGGACAUGCAUCACUGUCAGCCAGUGACAACACUCCAGACAGACAGAGUGCCUUUAGAGCCCGUCGGAAGCUGGGACUGCAGUGGAACGUGGGACAGCCUGACCUCUGACUUGCCAUGAAGAUGCAUUUUCAGGAAGCACACCUGCAUGCAUCUGUCUGCUUGAGACUGCUGAUUGUUCCAUUUCUGCUCCAUAUAGUAACGGAAUAAUUAUAAAAAAUAAACUAGGUAUUGCACUUAAUAUUAGGUACUGCAUAUGUUUGAAAGCCAUACCACUACAUGCGAUGGAACAACUACAGAAAAUGACUUAAUAAUAUCUCUCCAACAUCAUCACCAAAAAUGACAACUGUGUGUAUAUGUGCUUUAUUCGGUACCUUGUGAAUUUAUUAUGUACCUUGUGAAUUUAUUAUGUACCUUGUGAAUUUACCUUGUUAAACCCUCUUGACACAGGAUUGCGCUGGACUUUCCUCGUGUACUGUGCUUCUUAGUUCAUCCUACAGCUUCUCUGUGAUCCUGCACUGGAUAAACAGGUCACUGGAUAAACAUACUUACAUAAUGACUUUAAAUCCUGGAUGGAGCUAAACAGCAGACAGACAAAACCAAGCACCACAUCUGUAGCCAUACGCAGCUAAAUUUAAGCACUGUAAAUGUGAACAUAUUUCAUUUUAGUUUUUUGUUAUCCUCUGAAAUAAAUUAAGAAUUUGUUACAGCUGAA